UACAAAUGGCUGAGCUAUACACUAGGAGUUCAUGUUAACCAGGCCAAACAGAUGUUGUAUGAUUAUGUUGAAAGGAAGCGAAAAGAAAAUUCAGGAGCCCAACUACACGUUACCUAUUUGGUGUCCGGCAGUCUCAUUCAGAAUGGAUAUUCUUGCCACAAGGUUGCAGUAGUGAGAGAAGAUAAGUUGGAAGCAGUGAAGUCCAAGCUAGCUGUGACUGCCAGCAUCCAUGUGUACAGCAUCCAGAAAGCCAUGCUAAAGGACAGUGGGCCUCUGUUCAAUACCGACUAUGACAUCCUUAAAAGCAACUUGCAGAACUGCAGCAAGUUUAGUGCCAUACAGUGUGCAGCUGCAGUCUUUAGGGAGCCCACUGAAUUCUCAUCUUCUGAAAAGCUUGAGCAGUCAAAUCUUCAGGUAUCAAGUGAGACAGAAGCCAGUAAUGGGUUGACCACCAAUGGUCAUGGCCCACCUGCCUCCAAACAGGUCUCCCAGCAGCCCAGAGGAAUUAUGGGAAUGUUGGCUGCCAAAGCUGCUUCUAAAACUCAAGAUACUAACAAGGAAAGCAAAACAGAGGCUAAAGAGCUUUCUAAUGCAUCUUCAGCAGGCAGCAAGGCACCAGGGAAAGGGAAUGUGAUGAGCAAUUUUUUUGGAAAAGCUGCUAUGAAUAAACUUAAAGUCAAUUUGGAUUCAGAACAAGCAGUGAAAGAAGAAAAAAUAGUGGAGCAACCUCCAGUGCCUGUCACUGAACCAAAACUGGCAGCUCCUACAGGCCUUAAAAAAUCCAACAAAAAAGCAGAGCCUGUUAAGAUGCAGCAGAAGGAAAAAAAAAGGGGGAAGCGAAUGGAGAUACCUGAUGAUGAGACAAAAGAAACUGAAAACAUGAAGAAAAAGAGGAGACGAAUCAAGCCUCCUGAGUCUGAUAGCAGUGAAGAUGAAGUCAUACCAGACUCUCCUGGGAUGUAUGAAGCUGAGUCACCAUCCCCACCUCCUCCUGCUUCUCCAACUCCUGAACCAGUGCCAAAGGCGGAGCCAGAGCCUCCUUCCACCAAGGGCCCAAGUGGAGAAAACAAAAGAAAACGAAAGCGUGUACUGAAAUCUAAAACUUACGUGGAUGAGGAAGGCUGCAUAGUGACUGAGAAAGUCUAUGAGAGUGAAUCCUGCACAGAUAGUGAAGAGGAGUUUAAGGCGAAGACAUCCUCUGUGCACAGACCACCUGCCAUGACUGUGAAAAAAGAACCUAAAGAAGAACGAAAGGGUCCCAAGAAAGGGACUGCUGCUGUGGGCAAAGCCAACAGACAAGUGUCCAUUACUGGCUUCUUCCAGAGGAAAUAA